AUGGCCGAAGAAGCCUUCAAACCACACGUCCUCAUCCUACAACGAUUCUAUGCAACUAUCUAUAACUGGCAGGACUUUCAAUCCGACUCAUAUUUCUCUUCCACAGCUAGGUUCGGUUACGACGCCGCUAUCAUCGCAAGACCAGCUCUUCCUCAGCUCCUUCUGGACCAGUUCCCAUCCGAGAAAGUCCAAUUCGGCAAGCGCAUCGUAUCCCGUGUCGAGACAGAGGAUGGUGUUACUGUCAAAUCUUCAGACGGCUUAAAUUAUCAUGGCACGAUCCUAGUAGACACCGAUGGUGCUUAUAGCGGUGUUCGCCAAUCUCUUUAUGAGCAGCUAGACAAGGAGAAAGCGUUACCACCAGCGGACAAGGAGCCGCUCAAGUUCUCAGAUGAUAAGGUCAUCUGCUGGAUGGGGCUCGAGCUCCUGGAUGAGGUAUCGAGUAAAGAAUAUGACACAUUCAAGAGUUUGGAGUGGGGAUCGGAAGCAGCAGAGAGCAUGGUCGAAAAAGUCCGCGAUUUUCCUGUUCCCUGUGGCGAGUACAAGACCUUAGGUAGCCUGAUCGACCUGACGCCCAAGGAUCUCAUCUUCAAAGCGGUGCUCGAAGAGAAAUUCCCCUCGGCAUGGCGUGGACACUGCACAGAUAACCGCAAGCCUUCGAAUGACCAAAAGGACAUCACAAACGCAUUUCAGCAAUAUCAGGAUGAACGCAUCCCUCUGGCAAAAGCAGCUGUCAAGACCAGUGCCUCGUUCGCGAGACUAACCAGCAAGACCUGGUACAGCAAAGUGAUUCGAGAGAUGAUAAAGUAUAUUCCUCACUGGCUCUGGGACCAUGCGCUACUGAAAUCAAGACUCUACCGCCCCCAACUCUCGUUUCUCCCACCUGUCAGCGACCACGGUUCUCAAAGACCGCUGUACUAGUGCAGCUUAGAGGUGACCCGAGCGAAAGAUCCCAAAUGAAAACAGUGUCCCUGUAAACCCCGUUUGAUCAAAGAACCUCUUGAUACGUAUUUUAGCAUCGAGCUAUUCAAGCGGAGCCCUUUUUUUCCGAUAAACAGUCAACGGAUCCC